AUGACGUCAGCGGAAGUGUGAGCACAAAAAGGAGGGGAACGAGGGGGGGUUGGUUUUGGCGCCAAAUGCGAGCCUUCUAACAAGACAAGAAGACGAGCUGACGUCACUUUUCUCUUUUCAACGCAGCCGCCCUUUGUCAGGAGCACGUAGUAUCGAGCCGACAUGGACGAGGCCAACCAGCUAAUCGGCGCCGGGAAGAAGCACCUGGCGGCGGGGAAGGUGGUGGAGGCGGUCGGCGCCCUGCAGGAGGCCUGUGCCGUGUUAGCUAAGAAAUAUGGAGAUACAGCAGAUGAGUGUGCAGAAGCGUUCUUCUGGUGUGGUAAAGCACUUUUGGAUUUGGCAAGGAUGGAGAACUCCGUACUCGGUAACGCUUUAGAAGGAGUCCCAGAGAACGACGACGAGGAAAACCCCAAGGACUCCAACGUUGAGGGCACAGAAAAUGUUGACGAGAAGACCAGGGAUGAGCUGAGGGUUCAGGUGUAUGAAGCCAUGGCGGAGAAGUCUGCGGACGUGCAGAAGAACGAGGAAGGUGAGGGAAAAGGAAACUCAUCGGAGGUAGGCGAGGGCAACAAGAAGGAAGCAGCAGACAAGAUGGAAGAGGAGCCGUCUGACAAGGUGGAAGAAAAACCCGCAGAGAAGACUGUAGAAGAAGCUGAUGAGGAUGUACAAACACAAGACCAGAAGGAAGAACCACAAGACAAGCGGGUAGAAGAUGAUGAAGCAGACAAGAUGGAGGAGGACGAAGCUAAAGUACAACCACAAGACAAACAGGCAGUAGAGAAGGUAGACAAGAAGGAAGAACCAGAGGACAAAGUAGACGAUGCAGCAGACAAGAUGGAGGAGGAUGAAGCUAAAGUACAACCACAAGACCAGAAAGAGGAAGAGCCAGCUGACCGGAAGGAAGAACCAGAAGACAAGAAGGUAGAAGAUCAUGCCGCGGAAAAGAAGGAGCAGGAAGAAGCUAAAGUACAAUCAGAAGAUAAAAAUGCAGAUGAGAAGGUAGACAAGAAGGAAGAACCAGAAGACAAGGAGCAGGAAGAAGCUAAAGUACAAUCAGAAGAUAAAAAUGCAGCAGAGAAGGAAGAACCAGAAGACAAGAAGGUAGAAGAUGAUGCCGCAGACAAAAUGGAGCAGGAAGAAGCUAAAGUACAAUCAGAAGAUAAAAAUGCAGCAGAGAAGGUAGACAAGAAGGAAGGACCAGAAGACAAGGAGCAGGAAGAAGCUAGAGUACAAUCAGAAGAUAAAAAUGCAGCAGAGAAGGUAGACAAGAAGGAAGGACCAGUAGACAAGGAGCAGGAAGAAUCUAAAAUACAAUCAGAAGAUAAAAAUGCAACAGAGAAGGAAGAACCAGAAGACAAGAAGGUAGAAGAUGAUGCCGCAGACAAGAUGGAGCAGGAAGAAGCUAAAGUAAAAUCAGAAGACAAAAAGGGAGCAGAGAAGGUAGACAAGAAGGAAGAACCAGAAGACAAAAAGGAGCAGGAAGAAGCUAAAGUACAAUCAGAAGACAAAAAUGCAGCAGAGAAGGUAGACAAGAAGGAAGAACCAGAAGACAAGAAGGUAGAAGAUGACGCCGCAGACAAGAUGGAGCAGGAAGAAGCUAAAGUACAAUCACAAGACAAAAAGGCAGCAGAGAAGGUAGACAAGAAGGAACAACCAGAAGACAAGAUGGAGGAGGAAGAAGCUGAGGAGGACAUAGCGGAAGAAGCUGAAGAUGGUGGUGAAGAAGAAGAAACGCUGGAUCUGGCUGAACACAGCAAUGUUGCAGAAAAGGAAAGUGAGGAUGAAGAAGUGGGGAACCUUCAGCUGGCCUGGGAGAUGCUGGAAAUGGCUAAAGUCAUCUACAACAGAAAAGAGACCAAAGAGGACCAGCUGAUGGUAGCACAGACUUACUUGAAGCUGGGGGAAGUUUCUGCUGAGUCAGGGAACUACACACAAGCACUGGAGGACUUUGGGAAGUGUCUGAGCCUGCAGCUGAAGCACCUGGACCCUGACAGUCGCCUGCUGGCUGAGACCCACUACCAGAUGGGUCUGAGCCUCACUUUCAACCUGCAGUACAAGGAAGCCGUGGAAGAACUCAAGCGCUCUGUGGCCGUCAUCAAGAGCAGGCUGGGGAACCUGGCGCAGGUGCUCCUCAAGGCUUCUGGCCCAGAUCAGCUUGCCGAGGAGAGGAAGGAGAUGGAGGAGCUGGAGGCUCUGCUGCCAGAGAUCCAGGAGAAGGUGGAGGACGCCACCGAUGGCAUGAAGUCCAUAGCGGCUGAUGCUGAGGUGCAGGAUGGAACCACCUCUUCCUCUUCCUCCGCACCUGCCGGCAGCACUCCUACCCCCUCACACUCCAGCAGCGUGAGCGUCACUCCCGUGUCUGACAUCAGCCACCUGGUCAGGAAGAAGAGGAAGCCAGAGGAGAGUCCCGUGAAAGAAGGCGUGAAAAAGCUGAAGCAGGACAGCGCUCAGGAGACGCACGCUACCGGAGACGCUAACGGCGAGCACGCAGCUACCGGAGACGCUAAAGGCGAGCACGCAGCUAACGGCGAGCACGCAGCUAACGGUCACAGCAGCAUGGAGGUGGAGAGUCAUUGAAGGCAUCUUCAAGUCCAGCCAUGACCUUCUGUCCAAUGUUGUGAUGUCAUGUUCACUUUUAUUGCACGUUUGACAGCUUUGAAUAUUACUUGAAUACAGGUUUGAAUACUGCUUGCAUUGUACUUGAAUACUACUUGAAUACUGCUUUGAAUACAACUUUACAUACUACUUGCAUUGUACUUUAAUACAACUUUGUAUACUACUUGAAUACUGCUUGGAAUACAACUUUGUAUACUACUUGAAUACAACUUUGAAUACUGCUUGGAAUACAACUUUGUAUACUUUUUGGAAUACAACUUUGAAUACUGCUUGGAAUACAACUUUGAAUACUACUUGAAUACAACUUUGUAUACUGCUUGGAAUACAACUUUGUAUACUACUUGCAUUGUACUUUAAUACAACUUUGAAUACUGCUUGGAAUACAACUUUGUAUACUAUUUGCAUUGUACUUGAAUACUGCUUGGAAUACAACUUUGUAUACUACUUGAAUACAACUUUGAAUACUGCUUGGAAUACAACUUUGUAUACUUUUUGGAAUACUACUUGAAUACUACUCAAAUACAACUUUGAAUACUGCUUGGAAUACAACUUUGAAUACUACUUGAAUACAACUUUGUAUACUGCUUGGAAUACAACUUUGUAUACUACUUGCAUUGUACUUUAAUACAACUUUGAAUACUGCUUGGAAUACAACUUUGUAUACUAUUUGCAUUGUACUUGAAUACUGCUUGGAAUACAACUUUGUAUACUACUUGGAAUACAACUUUGUAUACUAUUUGCAUUGUACUUGAAUACUGCUUGGAAUACAACUUUGUAUACUACUUGAAUACAACUUUGUAUACUACUUGAAUACAACUUUGUAUACUACUUGCAUUGUACUUUAAUACAACUUGGAAUACAACUUUGAAUACUGCUUGGAAUACAACUUUGAAUACUGCUUGGAAUACAAAUUUGAAUACUGCUUGGAAUACAACUUUGUAUACUACUUGCAUUGUACUUUAAUGCAACUUUGAAUACUACUUGGAAUACAACUUUGAAAACUGCUUGGAAUACAACUUUGUAUACUACUUGCAUUGUACUUUAAUACAACUUUGAAUACUACUUGGAAUAGAACUUUGAAUACUGCUUGGAAUACAACUUUGUAUACUACUUGCAUUGUACUUUAAUACAACCUUGAAUACUGCUUGGAAUACAACUUUGUAUACUGCUUGGAAUACAACUUUGUAUGCUGUUUGCAUUGUACUUGAAUACUGCUUGGAAUACAACUUUGAAUACUGCUUGGAAUACAACUUUGUAUACUACUUGCAUUGUACUUUAAUACAACUUUGAAUACUGCUUGGAAUACAACUUUGUAUACUACUUGCAUUGUACUUUAAUACAACUUUGAAUACUACUUGGAAUAGAACUUUGAAUACUGCUUGGAAUACAACUUUGUAUACUACUUGCAUUGUACUUUAAUACAACCUUGAAUACUGCUUGGAAUACAACUUUGUAUACUGCUUGGAAUACAACUUUGUAUGCUGUUUGCAUUGUACUUGAAUACUGCUUGGAAUACAACUUUGAAUACUGCUUGGAAUACAACUUUGUAUACUACUUGCAUUGUACUUUAAUACAACUUUGAAUACUGCUUGGAAUACAACUUUGUAUACUACUUGCAUUGUACUUUAAUACAACUUUGAAUACUACUUGGAAUAGAACUUUGAAUACUGCUUGGAAUACAACUUUGUAUACUACUUGCAUUGUACUUUAAUACAACCUUGAAUACUGCUUGGAAUACAACUUUGUAUACUGCUUGGAAUACAACUUUGUAUGCUGUUUGCAUUGUACUUGAAUACAACUUUGAAUACUACUUGCAUUGUACUUUAAUACUACUUGAAUACUGCUUGGAAUACAACUUUCUAUACUACUUGAAUACUGCUUGGAAUACAACUUUCUAUACUACUUGCAUUGUACUUGAAUACUUGAGUUAUGUUGGCAUUGUUCCUCCCCGCCAUGAUUGCAGUUUUUCCUCAUCUUUGUUUUACAUUCAACUUUGACCUAAUAAAGAUCAUUUUUGCAAACUUUU